UGCAAGACAACGUCGCGACACCGUCGAUCUUACGGGAGGUUUUCUCGAACAUAGAAAUCGCGAAGAUCACCGUCCCGAACACGAAUCAAGAUGGCUUUCUUCAAGAUAACGCUCCUUCGCUCAGCCAUUGGACUGCCUCGGAAAAGCUCUGGCGUUCUUCAGGCCCUUGGCUUAAGGAAACGGAUGCGAACAGUCUAUCAUCCCGUCAGCCCACAGGUCGCGGGCCAAAUCAUGAGAGUGAAGGAAUUGGUCGAUGUGUCCGAAGUCGAAGAGCCGCUUUCCAAACCAGAAAUGCGGCAAUUGAGGAAACCUGAUCCUGGCUUUUACAUCGAGUCUGCAAUCUCGCGAUAAUUCGUGGCUCCUCUCAAUUCACAAAUCGCAUUUGGGGGGUUUUUACUAUUGUUAGGGGUACUUUCUGGGAGAGGACAAAACGUCAAUACGCCUUCUUCCCGAAUAUAUUUCAGGCCAAUAUUUGGCAUAGUAUGGCGUCAAGGCGUUUUUAAAAGUUUUCCUGGGCACAUGACCUUUCGUGUCUUUUGAUCUGAUCAGCUGCGCUUCAAUCAACAAGAGUGGUGGAUCGUCAUGGAGAUCUUAGGAAUCAAAUAGCUCAUUUCAAGCAUAUUCAAGUAUCUUUUCGAAGCUUAAGAAUACCUUCGCACCUGUAUUUAUUGGCUUGAUAUUGAAACCAUGUUAAAAGCGAGAUAGGCCUUAUUCCGAAGGAGUUUGGCUUGGAGUAUUUAGAUAAAUGGACGAGAUGUCAUCACAAGCCAGAAAGAGAGA